CUCACAUCCAUCCCCUCUUUCUUGUGUAGAUAGAAUCUGUACUUUACUGUACGGCCAUUCUCAAGUUUUCCUCUUGCUCUUUUUUUGCAAACCCCCACGUUCAGCAAUCAUGGACAAUAAGAGCAACGACGCAGAGCGCCUCCGAUCGAGGAAGCCCGUCCCUACGCCGGUGCCGGCAUAUCUGCCCUCCGCAGGCUCGCCCUUGACCGUGGAUGAGGUUCUCUACAACAGCGUGCAAAAGGCCCCUCGAGAGCUCAUCGAGACAUUUACGCUCCCGAUCCGGUCAGGCAGGGCGUGGAAAGCUCCAGCCGGAUCCAUUAUCAGAAUCAGCACGCCCGAGGGUGCGCAGGUUGGGGACCUCAACAUCUGGAACGCCCACAACCCUCGCGAGCGCUUCUGGGCCAGCCGCACCAGACAGCUCCACGCCGCCCACGUCACAACCCACGACCGUCUCUGGUCCUGCCUGCCCUACGUGCGGCCCCUGGUGACCAUCCUCGCCGACAGCCUCGCCUGGUACGGCGAAGACGAGCACGGCGGGCGCGUGCACGACCUGCUCGGCACCCGCUGCGACCCGUACAUCAACACCGUCCUGUCCGGCCAGACGUACGACUUCCACUGCCACUCGAACCUGACGCGGGCCGUGCUGCCGUUUGGCCUGUGCGAGUCGGAUGUGCAUGAUGUGCUUAAUGUGUUUCAGGUGACCGGCUUGGACAAGAAGGGGCGGUACUUUAUGAGCCCUUGUCCUGCGGAGAAAGGAGACUUUAUUGAAUUCCUGGCUGAGCAAGACGUUCUUAUGGCGCUGAGCACCUGUCCUGGCGGAGAUUUGUCGCUGUGGGGUUUCGGGAGCGACAGCGAGAAGGAGAUGAUCAAGUGCUGCCGGCCGCUCAAGGUCGAGGUCUUCCGGCUGGCUGAUGGGGAGAUGCUGGCCAGGGGAGGAUGGAAGCCAGCUGAGGUCUCCAAGUACCAGGAUGCACAUGGCAUGAAGAUACCAGUGGGUGAGUACGAGGCUGUCGCUGGGACCAAGAAGCAAUGAGCUGGGUGGACUAAAAUUGGGGGGGGGGGGGGGACAGGAGAAGAGGUUGAGAGUACGUUUAGUCCGCCGAAGAGAACGGGAAGUGGCACGGAGACACUCUGUAAGUCCCAAGGAAGGCAGGAAACAAGAUUCAAACUGUUUCGCCUAUUUUACGGAACUACACCUCUCUUAUUUAUAAGAUAUCGCAAUAGAUGAACAUUGGAUGAAG